AUGUCUCACGAUCUUGCACUCUCAGAGUUGAAAUUUGAUUUCAAUGAACCUUACUCCAAAGUCAGAUUACUGCCACUACUUCAUCUUGCCAAGAUAGCACUUUUGGACCAAACUCCUCUAAUCGGAUCAUGUUCGCACGCCAAACUACUUGCAUUCAAACGAGCAUUGGAAAUUUCCGGUCUGAAUAUAGAACUGGCAGGGAAAAUGGGUAAACGAACACGUUUUCAAAAGAAUGACAUCGCUCAACUUGUUUUGAACACGGAGUCUUCAGCAUCAGCGGAGAAUGUUGAAGAUACUGAUGUUCCUAUUAAUUGUCCUUUGAAUGAUGACACGCUUCUUGAAAAA